AUGGACUUGGAAGCGCGAAUUACAGAAAAUUUAGGUGCAGCAGUCGUCUUGGAACGGAAGGCAAGCAAAAAAGCGCCUCAGGGAGGAGAUGCUCGAGUGGAUAGCUCACAGAACCACACUGCAAGCAUGUUCAAUCCUCUGAAGAUAGCUCGAAGGUUAGGUACUGCUAUGAAUCUCUACACGCCAGGUGAAGGCCUUUUGGACAUCGAAGAAGAUAUGCAACGCGAGCUGAGCACCACCGCCUCGUUCGGCCCAAAUAAAUCCGUCAAAGAUAUUGGAGAAGGCAACGGCCCAGCAUGCGUUGGUAUUGUUAACGCUCGGCUCACAGUUUACCUGAAUGCUGGAACGUUUGAGGCUAAAAGCAGCUUAAAAGGAUUCAUGUCAAAAAUUCUGCUCAUUGAUCCCGACUGGCAAGGAAAGGACAAAGAACUACCUGAAAAAUUUCUAGCAAAA